GGGCGGCCAUGGCGGCCAUGGCGGCCCUGUUCAGCAGGCGGGCUGUGGGGAGGCUCCUCAGGACCGGCACCGCCGUCAGGUAUAAAGUGAUGAAGAACUGGGGCGUUCUUGGAGGAAUUGCUGCUGCUCUGGCGGCAGGCAUAUAUGUUCUCUGGGGUCCCAUCACUGAGAGGAAGAAGCGCAGAAAAGGGCUGGUCCCCGGUCUCCUCAACUUAGGGAACACCUGCUUUAUGAACUCUUUGCUGCAAGGCCUGUCUGCUUGUCCAGCUUUCAUCAAGUGGUUGGAAGACUUCACGGCCCAAUAUUCCCCCGAUCAGAAGGUGACCUCCACCGACCGCUAUCUGUCCUUGACUCUGCUACGCCUUCUGAAAGCUCUGUCCUGCCAAGAAGUUAUGAACGACGAUGUCUUAGAUGCAAGUUGCCUAUUAGAAGUAUUACGGCUGUACAAAUGGCAAAUCUCGUCAUUUGAAGAACAGGAUGCUCACGAAUUAUUCCACGUCAUUACGUCAUCCUUAGAAGACGAGAGAGACCGCCAGCCCCGGGUGGCGCACUUGUUUGACGUUCAGUCUUUGGAGCAGCAGCCAGAAAUAAUCCCCCAACAAAUAACCUGCAGAACAAGAGGGACACCUCAUCCCUUGCCAAGCCACUGGAAUUCGCAACACCCUUUUCACGGAAGACUGACCAGCAACAUGGUUUGCAAACACUGUGAAUGCCAGAGCCCCGUGAGAUACGAUACCUUUGAUAGCCUUUCGCUAAGUAUUCCAGCCGCCACCUGGGGUCGUCCCGUGACUUUGGACCACUGCCUACAUCAUUUCAUCUCCUCUGAAUCUGUUAGGGAUGUUGUGUGUGACAACUGCACCAAGAUUGAAGCGGAGGGGACCCUGAACGGGGAAAUGGUUGAAAACCAGAGGACCACGUUCAUCAAGCAGUUAAAGCUGGGAAAGCUCCCUCAGUGUUUGUGCAUCCACCUUCAGCGUCUCAGCUGGUCCAGUCAGGGCACGCCUCUGAAACGCCACGAACAUGUCCAGUUUAAUGAGUUUCUGAUCAUGGAUAUUUACAAGUACCAUCUCCCUGGGCACAAGGCAAGUCAGCACAAUCCAAAGAAGAAAGAUCCCACGUUGGAAAUGAAAACUGCAACCGCCACCAAAAGAGCAGCAGCGGAUCAGCCAGGUGGCCCCAAAACUUUGUUUAUAAACGGAGCUUGCUCACCAGCUGUACUACCUUCUCCGAUAACCUUGUCUCUCCCGGCCAUUCCUGACUACAGCUCCUCCUCCUAUCUGUUCCGCCUCAUGGCGGUCGUGGUUCACCACGGGGACAUGCAUUCUGGACACUUUGUGACGUACCGCCGCUCCCCACCUCCCGCCAAGACCCCCCGCUCCGCCAGCAGCCAGUGGCUCUGGAUUUCCGACGACACGGUCCGCAAGGCCAGCCUGCAGGAAGUCCUCUCCUCGAGCGCUUACCUGCUGUUUUACGAGCGCGUGCUUUCCAAAACCGAGUCCCGGGGUGAAGAGUACAAGUCGGAAGAAUGAGCCGGCCGGACGCCGUCUAGAGGAAUCGUCGGUUGUCCCGGUGGGUAGAGGCGGGAGGGCGAGCCCUCUCGCAUGGAGCCGGGGGAUCCCGUUUGGACCAAAACUCAACUCUCCAGAGCCACUCUACUACUGCGGCCGAGCACUGGGAAUUGUCAUUGUGUUAGAAAAACAUUCAUUACAGCCUGAUGAUAUUUGAUGUGCCCCACACAUGUGAAACAGAUAAUUUCUAUAUAUAUAAAAAAGUCAAGAUUCC